AUGAAUGGUCACUCUCUUUCAGGUCUGAUCUCAGAGCUGAAGAUCUCUGUGCCCUGGGGCCACAUUGCUGCCAAAGCAUGGGGCUCCCAUCGGGAUCCCCCAGUUCUCUGCCUCCACGCGUGGCUGGACAAUGCCAGCUCCUUUGACAGACUCAUCCCUCUUCUCCCGAAAGACUUUUAUUACGUUGCCAUGGAUUUCGGGGGUCAUGGGCUCUCAUCCCAUUAUAGCCCAGGUUUCCUGUAUAACCACCAAAACUAUGUGAAUGAGGUCCGAAGGGUCGUGGCAGCCCUCCAAUGGAACCGUUUUUCUCUCGUGUGCCACAGUUUUGGUGGCAUUGUGGGUGGAAUGUUUUCCUGUAUCUUCCCUGAGAUGGUGGAUAAACUUGUCUUGCUGGAAACCUUACCAUUUAUGCCGGAUAUUAUUGAAUCGGAGAACCUGCUGACCUACAAGCGGAGAAUCAUAGAGCACUCGCUGCAGGUGGAGGCCUCCAAGAACCCCCCACAGGUGGUCAGCCCGGAGGAGGUGCUGCGGAGUUUGCUGAAGAGGAACACUCAUGUGGAAGAGGAGUGUGGGAAACUCCUCCUGCAGAGAGGAACCACACAGGUGGCCACGGGUCUGUUGCCGAACAGAGAUCCGAGGCUCGCUAAGGUGGAGUACACCUUCGAAUUCAUCAGCAGGAAUCUGCUUGUGCAUUCCAUCAAGAAGCUGCAGGCCUGCGUCCUGAUGGUCAAAGCCACCCAAGGACAUUAUGGUGUGAGUACAGGGACCACCAACAGGGAGGACGUGAAGUUCACGAUGGACUCCCUGAAGUCCAUCCUGAAAGAGAGGUUCCAGUAUGUUGACGUUGCCGGCAGUCACUACGUACACAUGAACCAACCCGAGCGCGUGGCUGGUGUCGUAGGCUCCUUUCUACAGAGCAAGGAGAGGCUCCCAGCCCACCUGUAG